CUGAAGUACCUGCAAAGCCACUGCUGCUAUUGACGAUGAACUCCUUGGGACUGGCGUGCAUGAGGAUAUCCCGACUUUCUGCAAGGAGAUGUCGCAACCAACGUUGCAGGUUGACCUCCGCCUCGAAGCCGUCUGCUCCAGCGUCCGCCGAAGCAGCCCACACUCCUGUAGAUGUAGAUGACACCCACUUUGGGUUCCAGCAGGUUCCCUCGGAAAAAAAGAAGGGCAUGGUUAAAAGCGUCUUCACGAGCGUGGCCCACAACUACGACGUCAUGAACGACCUCAUGAGCGCAGGGAUGCACCGAAUAUGGAAGGAUGAGUUUGUGGACAUGCUGCGAAUUUCGCCGGGUUUCGAAGCGGGUUCGCCGGCUCCGAAGGUGCUGGACGUGGCCGGGGGAACAGGAGACAUUGCCUUCAGAGUGGCCGAUCAGCUGCGACCGUACAUGGCCGGUUCACCAGCUGGGAAAGGCACCGGAGAGGGAGAGCGGGGGGGGGAGGGAGAGGUGCGGCAGGAUGGAGCUGCAGCAGACGCCAUGGACAGCAACGUUCCUCUGCUUACCGUUAGCGACAUCAACCCGGACAUGCUGGAGGUCGGGGAGCAACGUGCCGCGGACCGGUUCUCCCCCGAGAUUCUUACCAACAUGCAAUUUGUCCAGGCAGACGCGGAGGCGUUGCCGUUCGAGGACAACUCGUUCCACCUCUACACCAUCGCCUUCGGCCUGAGGAACGUCACGGAUGUUGACAAGGCCCUCCGGGAGGCGCAUCGAGUGCUCAAGCCCGGCGGCAGGUUCAUGUGCCUCGAGUUCAGCCGAGUUCCUAUAGAGCCGCUGCAGAAGGCCUACGACUGGUACAGCUUCAACGUGAUUCCUACUAUCGGGCAGGUGGUCGCCAAGGAUCGAGAUGCUUACCAGUAUCUCGUGGAGAGCAUCCGCAUGUUCCCUGGGUGA